CUCAUGAACACAAGUGGCGUUGAAGUGGCGCGCGAACCCGAAAAUCCCAGUAUUGAUUUGUUUACAAGAAGUACUGAUACGGGAUUUGGUUCAAGUAUUCCUGUGUUAUAGGUAUAUCCAGCAACCUUGUCAAAUGAUUGAGAGAUAAUACAGCGAGCUAAUUGCCGUUUUUCGUGCUCGGUGUUAUCAGCGAUUGGUACCAGGGGCGCGGGGCUCCGCGAUACUUUCGAGGGUUCUAAAGCCUUAAAAGCUUAAUUGGCAUAGUUUAAGGCGAGUUGUAUUAUUGAUUGUACGCCCUUCGUGUCCCGGUACGUUUUCAGCUGUACUACUGAAACUCGAUAAGAUCUUAGCAUGAGCUCUGAGAAUAUGUGUGUCAUUGGAAAUGAGGAACUGGGUCAGCGGACCCACUCACCAUGGAUGAUGCAGUGAUUGCGUGCUAAGUGGAACCGUAAAGAGCAACCAUGUAUGGGAUCUGUGUUGGAAAAGGCAACAAGCUGGAAUGGAUAGUGGCCGACUGGAUAUGGUCCCCACUGGGACUGUUAACUUGGACACAGUGAGAGCACUGCAUCAGACAGUUGUCUCACUGAGGACUGCAUUGGAAGUGUCUAAGAAUGAACUGAAGGCGUUAAAAGAGAAAUACAAAGAGCACUCUUGUGUAGAGUAUGAAGAUGUUAUAGAAAAGUUGACACUAGAGAAUCAUAUUCUGAGAAGGAAAAUAAUUGAUUCGGGAGGCGAAAAGGAUUUGAACCAACAAAAUAUUCAAUUGGAAGUCACUUAUAGUCCUAAAACUGAUGUUGAAGGUAGUGACAUAAUAAUAAAAACUGCUACUGAAAAUAUUGAGUCAGAAAGGGAAGUCCCUGAGCAGAGUCACUUGGUACAAGAAUUUGAUUCAACAUCAGAAGAAGGCAACAAUUAUAGUUCUGCAGUAAACAACGCACAAGCAUCAGAAUCACAAACAGUUACUCCGGAUAUCACUCCGCGAGACGAAGCGCACAAUACUGAGCAAGAUUACAGUCAAAUAACAAGUCUUCCACAGCAGGAAGAAGAGAAACAGCCAAGUUUUAAAACUAAACUAGAAUUGCUGUCAAAGUUUGAUGUACGAAUCAAAGUAAGAACCUUGACUGACGGUGGUGCUCCCAGCACGUCAGACAGUGAUUCUACAGAAGAAAAAAAGGAUACUGAAUUAGAUUUUAAGCCUAAUCUUCAUUUCAAAGAAAAGAGAAAGCAUUUUGAAGAUUUUGAAGACCCCAAAGGGAAUAAGAUACAUUUUCAAACAGUUUCAUCUGAGAAUAUUAAAAUGGCCGUGCCAAAUGAAGGUGAUGUCAAGUCGAAAACUGAUAAGUUUGACGUGCAAGUACGUAUAACGUCUGAGGAGAAUCUUGUUGUAAAGGACAAUGUUGAGAGAAACCGAAGGAAAGACACGCUCAAUUUGGAUGUUGAUGAUUUGAGCCUGCGAUCUUUGUCAGAAGGCGAUAACUCAGUAUUCUCUGAGGGUGGUACAACUCCAGCAGAUGCUAGGACAGGCGCUGGGGAGGAUAAAAUGGAGCAGGAGGCGAGUGGGAAUGAGUCAGAGGAGGUGGACGAUAUAGAACUCAUAUUUACCACUGAUGAGUCAAAGGAUAUGAGCAAUUUGCAGGAGGAUCUCGUCUCAAUACGAGAGACGGACCAAUGGGCGCCAAAUUCCGCGUCCACCACAAACUCAACGCCGGUCCUCAUAAAGUUCCACACUCUAGACCCCGACUUCCAACCAGGCCACGAAACGGACAACGCGGAAAAUGAAAAUCAAGAAAAUAGCAGUUUGCAGAACGUCAUAUCUGACUCCUCGUUGAAGAUCAAACGGGUGUCUUUACCCAACGAUAAAGAGAUCAGACAUGUCGCGUUCAACAGCAAGGGGAGCUUGGACCUACCCGGCCGGGGUAUCUUGAAGAGUUUCGACAACAAAUCAGAUAAUAUGUUGUACAGGAAAAGUCCUAACGCCAGUACUAGAAGGUUGGAUAGUGUGGACAGCCUAACCUGCGAGUAUAAUAGAGGCUUGAGUUUCGACAAUACCAAGUCUUCGAGUUUCGAACUUGGGUCUAGCAUGGACAUCCUACACAGGGAUGAGAGUGUGGAUUGUUUCCAAAGGACAGGACGGUUGGGGCAUCGGUUUUCCGUUUUCGCUGAGAGGGAUAUAUCCAAGUGCGGUACUUCGGAGGAUGAUUUGACUGUGAAUUUGAAUGCCAGGAGGAAUACGUGCCCAAAUCCUUUUCAGUAUAGUGUGUACGGUAGGCCAGCGAGUCGCUGGGGCGGCGGGCCUGGCGCUGCUGGCGGGGGGCUGGGGACCCGCCCCACCACGGGCAGGUGGCGCGCAGUAACUAGGGAGAGUGGCGCGCCCAGGCGGGACAACGGCGCUCAGACUGAACUAUCAGCACUGCCACCAAGAUGGACGUCUGAGGGAUAUUUGGCGCAUAAGAUGGGCGUGUAUGUCGCGGCGCCGACGCUGCCGCAGCGCGCGGGCGGUGCGGGCGGCGCGGGGCGCGCGGGCGGCGCACACGUGGCCCGCGCCGCGCGCACCGACGAGGCGCGGCGCGUGCUGCUCAGCGACAUCGGGUUUACUUCAAUGGUGCCGGAGUUGUCCCGCUCAGCGGACCCCGUGUGGGCGUUGUCCAAACGGCUGCCCAAUGUGGACGAGUCGACCACUAACUCCACAGCCAAGUUCUUAUCUCGCGGCUCAUUCCGGUCUCCAUGCCUCAGUAUUGACAGGAGCGGGGACUCGACACCAUACCCAAACUACGCGUCUUCGUCUAAAGAGCCGCGCGCGUGGCGCAGCUCGCUGCCCGACGUGCGGCGCGACGACACGGACGAGCUGCUGCACGAGGCCGAGCUCUACCUGCGCAGCUCCAUCGACAACCUGCGCUCCACGGCGCUCGAUGUGGACAAACCCGGCGAUCAGUCCUCGGUGACCGGCCAGCCUUACAUUCCCGCAGAGCCGCGUCACCUGCGGCUCGGACACACCGUCAAAGUGAUCACACCUUACGGACGCAUAGCCGUCGGACGUGUCAGAUACGUGGGCAUAGCGGGUGGCAGUGCAGCGAGCAGCAGUGUAGUGGUGGGGACGGAGCUCCCCGCCUCCCACGCGGCCAUCCGCAACGACGGGACCCACUGCGGCCGCCGGUACUUCCUGGCCGCGCCGGGCUGUACAGCACUCUUUGUCCCAUUCAACAAAGUCGUCAUGGCCUGGGCUAACUAAAUCACGGUCUGGCCUCAAGCCGACAUGGCCUGGGCUCAAGCCGACAUGGCCUGGCCUGAAUAAAGCACCAUGGCAUGGACUAACUAAAUCACCAUGGCCGGCUGACUAAAGCAGCUAUUGAAAUGGAAAGCCGGCGUAGACUGGGCUGAAUAAAGAAGCCCCGUAAAUGUAUAUUUGUAUAGCGUAUAUGCUGGAAAAUAAUCUAAUCAAAAGCUUAGUUCAAGACGAUAAACGUAAUGUUUCUAAAUAUAAAAUGGCCGAUAUCAUGGUGAAAACGUAUGGCUACGGAAGCUACAUAAAAUUGCAAUGGCGAAAGCUCUCUAACCGAAAAUAAAUUAACCGAUGUCAUGGAGUGUUUGAAACAAAAUCAUGUGUUAUCCAAUAUGUAUUUGAAGUGUCUACUAGUGUGAAAAAUUGUAUAUGUUACUUUGUAGGGUUUCAAUCAAUGUGGAACGAAAUGUAUAUAGCAUGGAACAAGUGUUACAGUGCAAUGAUGUGGUUGCAUCGUAAAAACAAAAAGGCAAAAAGAAACCGUGAAAUUAUGUGAAGAAUGGCGCGAAACAUACGUAAUUGAACUUUAUAAUCAUGUACAUAAAGUUCACGUGUCAUUAUUGAUCUAAAAACAUUGUUCAGUCAAUAUUUUUGAUAUAUAACCUUCAAUUACCUAGGUAGACGGGUUAUAAUCGCAUUUGAUCCGGCCCGAUGGACCAUAAUCGAUUUGACGGUAUUUCACAAAACAAAUCUCAAAAAUCUGCAAAUCAACUGUGAAAUAGUGUUUUUUGUGAAUAUUUUAACGCGAAAAUUAAACGCUUGUUUCAAAAGGAAUUGACGUAAGUGUGAGCUUCUAUUACA